UGCUGAUUCUCUAACUUUUCCUGCUCCCCCUACCGUAGUCAACAGACAGUGAACUUCGCUCUCAUUUGCCUGCAACUUUCCGAGGGUUGUUCCGAGACCAUGGAAAUCACAUUUACAGGCAAGACAGCCUUGGUAACUGGGGCUGGUAAAGGGAUCGGGAGAGACGCUGUGAAGGCGUUGCUGAAGUGCGGUGCCCAGGUGAUCGCUGUCAGCCGCACACAGGCAGACCUGGACAGUCUCACAGCAGAGUGCCCCUCGAUCACACCGGUGUGUGUGGACCUGGCAGACUGGGACUCCACUGAGAAGGCUCUACAGGACAUGGGCCCCGUGGACCUGCUAGUGAACAACGCUGCGGUGGCCACGCUGCAGCCUUUCCUGGAAGUCACACCGCAGGAGUUCGAUAAGUCUUUCAGUGUGAAUGUAAAAGCAGCCCUGCAUGUGGCUCAGAUUAUUGCUCGGGGGAUGAAGUCCAGGGGGUCUGGUGGCUCCAUUGUCAACGUCUCCAGCCAGGCAUCCCAGUGUGCUUUGCAAGACCAUGCUGUUUAUUGUGCCACCAAAGGCGCUCUAGACAUGCUGACCAAAGUGAUGGCGCUGGAGCUGGGACCUCAUAAGAUCCGUGUGAACUCUGUGAACCCCACUGUGGUGAUGACGGCGAUGGGCCGGAUCGGCUGGAGCGACCCGAUGAAGGCCGGGCCCAUGAUGUCACGCAUCCCCCUCGGGAAAUUCGCUGAGGUUGAAGAUGUGGUGAAUGCAAUCCUGUUCCUCCUCAGUGAGAAGAGUGCAAUGAUAACUGGAGCCACUCUGCCUGUCGAUGGAGGAUUCCUUGCUUGUUAACACUAUCACUGGGAGACAGUAAAUUGUCUGUGAAUUAAAUGGGAUUCUGUAGGAACUAACGUAUGGUUUCCUAUUGAAGCUAUGUUGCAUUUCUAAUACAUUUCAUACUGUCCAUACACUACUUGCUAAUGGGUCAUGCCAUGCCUAAUUUGUGAUCAUUAUACAGACGUGCUCAAAUUUGUUGGUACCCUUACAGCUCAUUGAAAUAAUGCUUCAUUCCUCCUGAAAAGUGAUGAAAUUAAAAGCUAUUUUAUCAUGUAUACUUGCAUGCCUUUGGUAUGUCAUAGAAUAAAGCAAAGAAGCUGUGAAAAGAGAUGAAUUAUUGCUUAUUCUACAAAGAUAUUCUAAAAUGGCCUGGACACAUUUGUUGGUACCCCUUAGAAAAGAUAAUAAAUAAUUGGAUUAUAGAGAUAUUUCAAACUAAUUUGUUUCUUUAAUUAGUAUCACACAUGUCUCCAAUCUUGUAAUCAGUCAUUCAGCCUAUUUAAAUGGAGAAAAGUAGUCACUGUGCUGUUUGGUACCAUUGUGUGCACCACACUGAACAUGGACCAGAGAAAGCAAAGGAGAGAGUUGUCUGAGGAGAUCAGAAAGAAAAUAAUAGACGAGCAUGGUAAAGGUAAAGGCUACAAGACCAUCUCCAAGCAGCUUGAUGUUCCUGUGACAACAGUUGCAAAUAUUAUUAAGAAGUUUAAGGUCCAUGGAACUGUAGCCAACCUCCCUGGGCGCGGCCACAAGAGGAAAAUCGACCCCAGAUUGAACAGAAGGAUAGUGCGAAUGGUAGAAAAAGAACCAAGGAUAACUGCCAAAGAGAUACAAGCUGAACUCCAAGGUGAAGGUACGUCAGUUUCUGAUCGCACCAUCCGUCAUUUUUUGAGCGAAAGUGGGCUCCAUGGAAGAAGACCCAGGAGGACUCCACUUUUGAAAGAAAAACAUAAAAAAGCCAGACUGGAAUUUGCUAAAAUGCAUAUUGACAAGCCACAAUCCUUCUGGGAGAAUGUCCUUUGGACAGAUGAGUCAAAACUGGAGCUUUUUGGCAAGUCACAUCAGCUGUAUGUUCACAGACGAAAAAAUGAAGCUUUCAAAGAAAAGAACACCAUACCUACAGUGAAACAUGGAGGAGGCUCGGUUAUGUUUUGGGGCUGCUUUGCUGCGCCUGGCACAGGGUGCCUUGAAUCUGUGCAGGGCACAAUGAAAUCUCAAGACUAUCAAGGCAUUCUGGAGCGAAACGUACUGCCCAGUGUCAGAAAUCUCUGUCUCAGUCGCAGGUCAUGGGUCCUCCAACAGGAUAAUGACCCAAAACACACAGCUAAAAGCACCCAAGAAUGGAUAAGAACAAAACAUUGGACUAUUCUGAAGUGGCCUUCUAUGAGUCCUGAUCUGAAUCCUAUCGAACAUCUAUGGAAAGAGCUGAAACUUGCAGUCUGGAGAAGGCACCCAUCAAACCUGAGACAGUUGGGGCAGUUUGCUCAGGAAGAGUGGGCCAAACUACCUGUUAACAGGUGCAGAAGUCUCAUUGAGAGCUACAGAAAACGUUUGAUUGCAAUGAUUGCCUCUAAAGGUUGUGCAACAAAAUAUUAGGUUAGUGGUCCCAUCAUUUUUGUCCAUGCCAUUUUCAUUUGUUUUCUUAUUUACAAUAUUAUGUUGAAUAAAAAAUCAAAAGCAAAGUCUGAUUUCUAUUAAAUAUGGAAUAAACAAUGGCGGUUGCCAAUUACUUUUGUCAGUUUCAAGUUAUUUCAGAGAAAAUUGUGCAUUCUUCGUUUUUUGUGGAGGGGUACCUACAAAUUUGAGCACGUCUCUACGCUUAACCACCUCAGAUUAUAUUGCAAGACUACUUGCAAGGUCACCCGUGCUGAGACUGUCAAGCAUAGUCACUCUGGGACUUGAUUUGAACCCUGUGUUAAUUUAAUGUAAGACCUGUUCCAGGUUUGGCUGUAAUAGUUGCAAGAUGGUCUGUCAAUGAGAACAGUAUUUAAUUACUGACCGCAUUAUGCCAUACAGAUACACAAACUAACUGAGCUUGUGUACAUAGUGUCUAUUAAUUUCAUACCCUCAUUUAAAUACAGUAUAGCUCUAGUCUUGAGAUGUUUUCAUUGUUACUGUCUAAUCAUAGAUCAUUCAAUGCACUUGACACUUAUACUAAAAAGGUAUUUUAUUUUUAUGUAAUCCAGUCUUUGCUUAAUCAAAAAGUCAAAUAAAAAUGUAGUUGGAUACUUGG